AUGAGACUUGUAACAAACAGCACAGUAUACAGAAAAAAUGCAGGCUCGUGUUUAGACCACUUCUUUCCACUCACACCUUCUAAUUCACCUAAACUCAAACGCAAAAUGGAAAGUUUUGGUAUUCUCGACAGACCCCUCACACACGGCUUCCCAAGUCUUGAUCCAGAUUCCCCGGAUUAUGCCUUGCGUGCACACACCCUUCCAAGCAAUAUCACCGGAGUUCGGCAAUUGGUGAUCAACAAACAAAAUGGACGUGUCGUGGCGGCAAAAAGUCAACUGGUGGGUCGUAUGGAAGACGCCCUGAUACGUUGGCGCCCUCCCGUGUCGUGCCAUGCAGGAUCCACAGCGGCCCUCAAGGGCAAACACCCGUACCAGCUGGAAGUGGACACAACGGCUUUGCGUAACUCACAAGCGCAUACGUCACUGGACUCCAUACGACAGUGUUUCGAAGCUCUAAGCAAUGCAGUAUCGAGACCGCGAACCGAAAAAAGCGACAUGCACAACCAUCCCGAGGCCACCAGUCUCUUUCAUUCCGUCAAUUUGGGUGACUCCGCUAAUUCGUCCCAGUCUUCGUCCGCUAGCGGAAUGCUACAAGAGAUUCGACAGAGUUUACAAAGCGCUGAAACACGAGGACUGACUCCGCGUGCUAUUGUGUGCGAGCAAGAACUAGAGACGCAUUCUAUCGAGCCAAUUUCCUACAGUUUCCCGAUCCCAGCGUAUUAUCUCCCGCAGCAGGUGCCACGGCCAGUGGAGGAGUCCACCAGAGAUAACGUAAACGAGAAUGAAGGCGAGGGUGAGGGCCCAGUCCAAACGUACUGGGGCAAUUUUUGGAACCAGUUUUGUCGCGAGUGCAAGCUUUUAUGUGCAUGUGUAUAA